UUUUGUAGAAGUUAUUGCAUUGGAUUAUUUUUUGUCUAGCCCGUUAUCUUAUUAUAUAAUUAGAAAGGGAGGUUUCCCUAAUUACACCUCCAUAUGAAAUAUGGCAAGGGAAUAUGAUCAUUUGUUCAAGCUUUUAAUUAUAGGAGAUAGUGGUGUCGGCAAAAGCAGUUUGUUGUUGAGGUUUGCAGACAACACAUUUUCAGGUAGUUAUAUUACAACAAUUGGAGUUGAUUUCAAAAUCAGAACAGUUGAAAUUGAAGGCGAAAAAGUCAAAUUACAGAUCUGGGAUACAGCAGGCCAAGAACGAUUUCGUACAAUAACAUCAACAUAUUACAGAGGGACACAUGGUGUUAUUGUUGUUUAUGAUGUGCAAAGUGCAGAAUCAUUUGUCAAUGUCAAGAGGUGGCUUCAUGAAAUUGAACAAAAUUGUGAUAUUGUCAAUAAAAUAUUAGUCGGUAAUAAAGAUGAUGAUCCUGACAAAAAAGUUGUAGAAACAGCAGAUGCUCAAAAAUUUGCAGAUCAAAUUAAAAUAAAAUUGUUUGAAACAAGUGCGAAAGAAAAUAAAAAUGUUGAAGAGAUGUUCACUGAAGUUACACGACAAGUUUUAAGAACCAAGAAAUCUGCGGAGGCAUCUGGUCGAGAUCAAAACAUUGAAACAGUUAAACUAGAUACAAAGAAAAAGGGAAAAAAGAAGGGUGGAUGCUGUUAAUGAGAUUGGUUAUUCGCCGAAUUAUAUAUAAAAUCUGGUUUCUGGGCCCCAAUUAUCACCAUAUGUGCCCCAGUUGUCAGAAGCUGACUAUAUUAUUGAAUAACCCAAAAUAUUAUUACAGUGGAGAAAAAAUAUUAGAAAAAUAUCACAGUGGAGUUGGAGGUAUGGUUGAAAGAGCCAUUUAAAUGAUAUUAGGUCUUUUAAUAUAAGAAACAUCAAUUCUUUUCACUCAAUUUUCAUAUUACAUUAUUUCAAAAUCAGAGUACCCUGGGGUUUGCCACAUGUUAUAACUGCAUAAAGUAACAGAUAUAAUUCAUUAUUCAACACAUAGAAAGUUGCAUACACAUUGUAUCAAAAAUAGAACCUGACCCUGGAAACAUAAUUUGAUAAUGCUUAUUGACCAGUUCACACUCAUAGAAAAAUCAUGUCUAUACAAUGCAGUUUGUAGUGUAUUUAUAGAAUGGAGACUUAAUUCAUGAAGCUCCAGUGCUUUUUUUCAUCAUCGAUUACUAUAUUUUCAACUUUUUCUAAUUGAUUUGUCUCUAACUAUACAUUUCUCAUAAGACGGCAUUCUCCUAAUAAACGAAUUAUCUUUGCUGGGAAGUGCUUUAAAUAUUCAAAAAAACACAUCUUAUUGUUGUAGAUCAGAGUACUUGAAAAACACCUAAAUUAAAGAAUUUAUUAUAUACGUCUUGUGUUUAAAAAAAAAAUCUAAGCCAUAAUUGUAAGGCUGUUCAAAUAAUAUGGUUCAAAUCAAACCAAAAAACAGCUAUUGACGGAGAGACGGUUAUUUGUUUUGGGGUCUUUAUUCCUAGAAGUUGAGACAGCCGUAUUCAUAGCCAUUGUCAUAGCAAGAAAGCAGUACUGUCACCCACUGUUUUCAAUGCAUCAGCCUUUUAAUCAGCCAUCACAAUUACUCAGCUGUAUUCAUAGUAGAAAUUCAUGAACUUUGGCUUUUAAUAAAUGUCUGUUUGUACUUCGAAAUCAUGCAUAGUGUCUAAAUCUAAAGAAUUAGUAUUGAUUAUAAAAACAGACAUGAUAUAUUAUGUAUUACUAUUCCAUUUCAUUUGACAAGGGUAUUUAUUAUUACUCAUUCAACUGCAUUUGAUUGGCAUUUUGGUGUAAUCAUUAUUAGCGAAAUUAUGGAUGCCCUUGUGUUUUGUAACUAUACAGAGAAUGGUUAGUAUACAAAUUGACUAUUUUGAGUUCAAAAAAACAUGGUCUUUACAUGUAGAGGGAUGUUCAAUUAGAUUUCAAUGCUAAGAAUUACCUAAUUCUGAAUGAAAAUUCUUAUUGAGUUGUGAGCAUAUACUCAUGCCGAAAUUCAUGGAGAAAAAAUAUUAUAGUCAAUUUUUAUUAUGGUUCUGUCAAGCUCAACUUCAAUUAACAGCAACAAUAGUUAGAAUACAUUUUACAAAAUUUUCAUUGACUGAUGUCGAUAAUUUAUGUCUCUUUUAAUUGCUCUGAUACAUUUAAAUGGUGUGUACCAUUGGUCAUCUCUAUUAUUAUCAUGGAUAAUACCUGAAAUUUUGAAAUGUCAACCCAAAUUAUGCCAUUUGAGUAUGAGUAAGUACUGAAAAGUCUCUCUCAUAUCAUUCCGUACCAACUUAGCCAUACCUUGACCAGCUUGGGAGUUUGUAGGCUAGUUAAAGUACAAAUAAGACUUAUGAGUUGACGAUUGAUUAAUCUAAAAAACGUACAAGGUUUUAGUCAUUGGUCUGGUAGCAAAUUCACAGUUUAUCAAUCGUAAAUAAUGUUAUUCGUUUAUUGAGUUAAUAUUUAUGCAUGUUUGAAUUUACCUACCAUAUCGUAUAUUGAAAGUAUCUAUUGUAUGAUAUGCAAAAUGAAGGAGUUUAAAUUUUAACGUGAAGCUCAGCAGAUAAUUAUAAAAUGUUAGAUACAGUUUUCAGCGAUAAUUUUUCUUAUAACUUAUUAUAAAAUUAGUGUAAUCAACGUAUAAGUACCGGUUAUGAAAUAUUGCAUAUUGUCAUGAUUUAUUAUCCGUUAUGUAAACUUCGCAUUUUCUUGUAAAGAGUUAUUAUUCACUUCACUAAUUCAUGCAUACAUAGGAUUAUGAUAUCCCAUUGUGGCUUUUCAUCGAUAUCGUUUCUGACUAUAUUUAAUUCGUCAAGCCUCAACAAACUAAAUCGAUAAAAUGAAUAUUCUAUUUGAUCAUAUAUUCGUGAUAUUUCGGUAUAUAUCACACGCAAAGCCAUACAAAUAUAAUGUUAGAUGACGCUGAACAAGUGUUGAAAAGUGAUUUGUUUUCAGCCUUGUAAAAACAAUUUAUUAUACAUUACUUUCCCAAUUGGCUAUCUAUAGGCUAUGUAUAGAGGAACAAAUAUGGAGUUGUCUGUAUAUCUUUUUAAUAGCAUUUCAGUGCAUAAAUUCAACCAAUCUUUAAGGCUCUGAUCUGGUAAAAGUCACGAUCUCCUCUCCUUGGUAGUUGAAUUUUUAUUGUUCAUGUGCUCAUACUUUCAUAUUUGUCUCAUGAAAUCUCACACAAUUUAAUUCAUUUCUUACAAAUGAAUAUCAUAAGAUUCACUCAAAUGCAUGUUCAAUGCAAAAUAAACAGCUGCUUCAAUUAAAAGUGAUGAUCUCAUCUAAUAUUGAAAUGUCUAUUGGGAAAUUUUUACUCCUGUAAAAAUAUGUUUUGUAAAUUGUCUAAGAGCAAAUAAUGAGUAAUACUUGAAUCCAUCUCGCUGUUUUUGUUCAGAUUUUCAACAUUCAUGACAUAUAAAUUAUGGCCACAGGUAUUCAAAUGGAAAAAGGGACAUAAUAAUGAAACUUACAAACAUGAAAAUGAAUUAUGUCAUGGCUUAAGCUAUUUGAUUUAACUUAACAAUUCCAUUUGAACCUCAAUGAUGAGGAAGAUUCAUACCAACAAUUGUUUAACACGUUCUCCAGUGAUUUAUUGGAUUGUAUUUGCAUGUGUGACAUAUGAUUCUUAUUGAUAUGCAUAUUUGGAAGACAUUUAGAAACAUGUAUAGUAUAUAAAAAUGGUUGUAAUUGACAAUAAACUCGUCAUAAAUUUUCUAAGAAAAAAUUUCCCAUAUUUGUUGAUGAUGAUUUACCUUCUUUCCACACACCAAAUGCUUGUAGAUGUUGUAUAAUAAUUGCAGAUUAAUUACUGAUUUUUGUCCCAUUAAAUUAAUCUGGUUAAUGGGGCUUGAUGCCACAUGAUUGUGUGCGUGAAGUAAUAGCUGUUAUGUCAGAUUUAAUUUCUUCUCAUCAAUUUCUGAUUUACUGUUUCAGUUUAGUAUUAGUGUUAUCACAUUAUAUUUAAGCUUGGAAACUACUACAUACUUAUUAUUACUUAAUCAAGUUAUAUUAUAAAGUGCUCUUUUAUACACUUGACUU